CGGCGCGGGCGGGCAGCAGCGGCGGCGGGCGAGCGGGCGGUGGCGGCACGCGCCAUGGGCUGGGAGGAGAAAGAGGCGCGCGGGUACGGCGAGUUCGCGGAGACGGCGCAGAGCUGCCACGGGCGGCCCAUCUUCGCGCUCUUCUGCGGCGACAAGGAUGCCGCGGGCCGCAGCUGGUGCCCGGACUGCGUGACGGCUGAACCCAUUGUGAGGAACGAACUUCAUAACAUGCCUGAUGGGUCUGUAUUCAUCUACUGCCUAGUAGGAGACAGAGCCUACUGGAAAGAUCCCAACAACGAAUUCAGAAAGAAUCUGAAACUAACAGGAGUGCCUACACUGCUUAAAUAUGGAACACCUCAGAAGCUGGUUGAAGAAGAAUGUUUUAAGGCAGAGCUUGUGCGUAUGUUGUUUACUGAAGAUUAAAUCUUCCAGUAGUCAAUCAUUUAGUAAGAUACUCAUCUCAAUUUGCUCUGUCCUUUCUAGCGAUUUUUAUGUUUUCAGACUAACAUUGGUUAAUUACAACUUCUCACUAGUCAGAAUAAGUGUCAUAAAUUCUAGGUCCAAACCUUCCACUAAAAUCUCAAACUGCAAAAUUGUAUCUUGCCUUUCUUGUUGAAAUAAACUUGUAUUUGCAACAAACA